AUGGCUAAUUUGGGUUUCGCUGUCACCAUGCAGAAUUUUCUGCAACGCCAGCGCGACAUUCUUCGCAAGCACGUCGCCGAGCUUCACAAGUAUGCCGCCGUGCUCCGCAAGUAUGUCGCUGCGGCCAAGGAGAAACUAGCUCCCUUCAAGAACUUCAUCGUCCGCGCUUUCGAGCUGUCCAAGAAAUUUGCUAAAUGCGUCUGGUAUAAAGGAUUCCUGCCCUUCUUGGGCUAUCAUCAUAUAUUGAUGAUCCUCAUCGCCGUUGCCAUAAUCCUACUCUCUCUUCUGCUCGCAGGAUGCUCCAGCACCUCGCCGCUCAUUCCGGGCAUCUUCCUCAUUAGCAUGUACUACAAGUCCUACACUCCCUCCUACGACCCGUCUCAGGUCGAUCCCGGUGUUACCGCUGCCAUUGCCAACAUUGUCGGCAAUGCCAUCCUCGAGGUGCGCGUCGGCUACUUCGGUAUCUGCGUCAAUCCCAACGGCGGCGACUUCCUGUGCUCCAACAAUGCCACCGCUCUCGCUGAGCAGAUCAACGUCGAUCAGGACCCGCUGAACCUGAUCUGGGUCGCGAGCACCUUCAAGGACAGCAUCGUCUUCCCCUACCUACUCAUCGUCGCCAUCAUUCUGGCCUUCAUCACCUUCAUCCUGCUCGCCACCUUCCCCGGCUGGCACCAAGAGGAGGACGCCACGACCGGUUCCGAUGUUGACGUCAAGCCCUUCCCGUCGCGCCCGGUCUCGCAGGUCGCGCUGGCCCUGAUCUUCAUCUCGUCCAUCUUCGUGCUCGUCUCGGUGCUGUGGCAGCACACGGCCUCGGUCGCCGCCGCCACCGUCUCGCAGGAUCUGGGCAACGGCAGCAUCAAGUCGGGCGUCGGCACCGCCUCCAUGGUUCUCGGCUGGUUCGGCUUCGUGCUGCUCAUAAUCGUCACCAUAGGCCUGCUCGUCAUGAUCCUGAGCAUCAUCGUCCUCGACAAGCUUACCGACGGUUGA